GUAUCUUUUUUUAGUUUGAAUCAUAUAAUUGUUAGUCACAUUUGUAAUCUUUUAUAUUUUAAUAUGUGUAUACAUACAUAUAUAAAUAUACGCUUUCGACACGUUUCCGCUUCCUAAUUUGUUUAAAAAAAUCGCUUCUACGCUUCCACACGAUUACCUUUCUGCGUUUCCGCUUCCGUUUCCAUGUAACAUAUAAGUUAAGGAAAAAAGUUAUAGGGAUAAAAAGUGUUCUAUAGGGUAAAGGAAACUCAACAAGUGAUCUAGGAUAUAAAUUAAGGGGGGGUUAUUGAAACCAGAAUUUAGAAAGAGUCUAGUGAUUUUAAAAGUUGACAGAUUUUUGAAAGUUGAAUUGAUUCAACAAAUAUUCUCUAAAUUCCUGUCAAAUAUUUUGCAUUGAUUUCCAUAGAUUGUUAUUGAGAAUUAUGGAUUUGAAGAAUAUUUUUUUUCAAAAAGUUUAUCUUUUUAUGGUAAUAAACAAAAUUUACUCUAGGAAUUUUCCAAAAGAAAUCUCGAUGAGAGACAGUACUUCUCGUCCAUAUAUAUGAGAUCAUCUAACUACAUUGAGACACAGAUUUUCUCUUCGACCUACCUACAGGUGUGUUGUCAUGGAAGUGAUCACAGAAGAAGAAUCAACCAAUAUGGAAGAUGACGAAACAGAUUUGGAUAUUAUGCUACUAAUGCUAGACAACAUAGCAAGAGUCUCUACGACACCUGUGAAUCGCAUAGAACGUCCCCUUCGUAAGCCAAUCAUGAACAUUGGUUAUGAAUACAUUCAAAAAGCAUUGAAGGAAGAACCGGAACACUUUCGAUCUUUAUAUCGUAUGUAUCCAAGCUCAUUUCUCAAGCUAUGUGAUCUUCUAAGGGUGAAAACAUGUCUGCAAGAUACCCGGAAUAUAUGCGUUGAAGAGAUGGUGGCUACAUUUCUCCUAACUAUCGGCCAGAGUUCAAAAUAUUGUUACACAAUAGACACGUUCAAGAGAUCAGUAUUUGCCACUAGUGAGAACUUUCAUAAGGUUCUAAAAUCACUGAAUACUUUAGCGCCAGACCUGAUGGCAAAGCCCGGCGUGACAACAUGUGCAAAGAUAAGAGAGAGCACAAGGUUUUAUCCUUACUUCAAGGAUUGCAUUGGAGCAAUAGAUGACACACAUAUAUUUGCAAUAGUGCCAAAAUGUGAUGUGCCAAGCUAUCGUAAUCGUAAAGGAUUUGUGUCACAAAAUGUUCUUGCGACCUGCAAUUUUGAUCUAGAAUUCAUGUAUGUUCUUAGUGGGUGGGAAGGUUCAGCUCAUGAUUCAAAAAUAUUAAGUGAUGCUCUAACAAGAAGCACUUGCAGACUAGAAGUUCCAGAAGGAAAAUUUUAUCUAGCUGAUUGUGGGUUUGCCAACCGUCGGAAAUUCCUAGCUCCAUUUAGAAGUACUCGGUAUCAUCUACAAGACUUUAGGGGUGAAGGUCGUGAUCCCAGCAACCAGAAAGAGUUAUUCAAUUUGCGGCAUGCGUCUUUAAGAAAUGUGAUUGAAAGAAUAUUUGGUAUCUUCAAAUCUCGAUUUCUAAUUUUUAAAUCUGCACCUCCUUUCGCUUUCAAGACACAGGCAGAGUUAGUUUUGGCUUGUGCUGGAUUGCAUAACUUUCUACGUAAAGAGUGUCAAUCAGAUAUUUUUUCAGAAGAAGUGAUCAAUGAAAACAAUGAAGAAGAAGAAGAAGAAAAUGGAGAAAUAGGCACUGAAGAUGUAUGUACUCUUGAAUCUCAACAACGAGAAUUUGCUAAUAACUGGAGAAACAUGAUAGCUUCCAAUAUGUGGACAGAUGCACUACAAAAUGGAAGUCAAGGGUGAUGGUGAAACAGCUCAUUUUUAUUGAUAUUAUGGUUUUAUGUGUCGAUGUAGACAAAUACAUGGACUAAAAUCUCGUAUGGACCAAAUGAUCAAAAAGCAUUCUACAGCAUCCAAAAAUAAUCUGUAUGGACCAAGGAGAAGAAAAUUACCAUUUUGCCAUUAAUGACUUU